GUAGUCAAAGAAAAUUCUGAAUUAUAUUAAGCCGUCCGCUUUCGUGUCAAGUCUUGGUUUCGGUGUCUUUUCAUUUUUAGAGCCAGUGUAUAAAUAAAAAUCUACACUGUGGCUAAGGUGACACCGUAUCCGAGUAUGUCUUAUUCCGGAAGGAAUAAAUUUGAGAUAGCUAGAUUUUCUGGUGAAGAUGAGAAUCAUAUCAAUAGAAAACUGCCAAAGGAGUUGCUGCUCAGGAUACUAUCCUACCUGGACGUAGUCUCUCUCUGCCGCUGCGCUCAGGUAUCAAAAUUAUGGAACAUUCUUGCUUUAGAUGGUUCCAACUGGCAGAGGAUAGAUUUAUUUGACUUCCAGAGAGAUGUAGAGGGUCCAGUGAUUGAAAACAUAUCACGAAGAUGUGGUGGCUUUCUCCGGCAGCUAUCAUUACGAGGAUGCGAAAGUAUUGCGGACGGCUCUAUGAAGACACUAGCACAGUCCUGUCCGAACAUUGAAGACUUAAAUCUGAACAAAUGCAAGAAGUUGACAGAUCAGACUUGUCAAGCCUUGGGCCGGAGGUGUAGUAAAUUACAAAGAAUCAACCUUGAUUCCUGUCCAAGUAUAACAGAUAUAUCUUUAAAAGCGCUUUCAGAUGGUUGUCCUCUCUUGACACACGUGAAUGUGUCAUGGUGUCAAUCAAUAACAGACAAUGGUGUGGAAGCCUUAGCCCGUGGCUGUCCUAAACUGAAGAGCUUCAUUUGUAGAGGCUGCAAGAAUGUUAAUGACAAGGCUGUGUCAAGUUUGGCCACUCAUUGUCCCGAUUUAGAAGCUCUUAAUGUACAGGGCUGCGAUAAUUUAACGGACGAGUCGAUAUGUAAGCUGGGCGGUGCGAUGCGCCGGCUGUGCGUGUCGGGGUGCUCGCGGCUGACUGACGGCGCGCUGGCGGCGCUCGCCGCGCGCUGCCCCAACCUCGCCACGUUGGAGCUCGCGCAGUGCACGCAGCUCACUGAUGCCGGCUUCCAGGCGCUCGCCAGGAAUUGCAGAAUGCUAGAGCGUAUGGAUUUAGAAGAAUGUGUUCUUAUAACAGAUACGACUUUGGUACACCUUUCGAUGGGCUGUCCCAGACUAGAGAAAUUGACGCUCUCCCACUGCGAGCUGAUAACUGACUAUGGAAUAAAACAGUUGUCAAUGUCGCCGUGCGCUGCGGAACAUCUCACUGUAUUAGGUUUAGACAAUUGUCCUCUGGUGACAGACGGAGCGUUAGAGCAUUUAACUUCAUGUCAUAACUUGCAACUUAUAGAACUCUAUGACUGUCAGAUGGUCACAAGGAAUGCCAUUAGGAAAUUGAGGAACCACUUGCCCAAUAUAAAGGUGCACGCGUACUUCGCGCCGGUGACGCCCCCCGCGGCGGGCGGCGGUGCGCGGCCUCGCUACUGCCGCUGCUGCGUCAUCAUAUGAGACCCCCCGACCCCCCGACCCCCAGCACUCGCCGCGCGCAACACUAUUUCCUUCACGAUGUUCAUUACAUUUUGGGUGUGGUAACAUCUCACUUCAUCGAGGCUGGUCACUCGCUGACAGGACAACAUUCAAGAAUGUCCGACAAAAGAACAGAACAAGAAUUUCUACUAAAAACUUGACGAAAGAAAAGGAAAAAGGACGAAAACCAUUGAAAAUUGACAGCUAGAUGAAGUAUUAUAUCUCAUCAUAAAAUAUACAAGGGAAUUCAUACAUACAAUAUUAUGACACCAUACAAAAUUAAUACACAUUACUACAAAUAACACGCUUCAAUUCUUCUCUGACUAUAAAUAUACUAAUCUAUAUUAAAACAAAUAAAUCGAAGAAAAAAAAAAAGAAUGAAAAUGAGGGUAGUACAACAAAACUGGCAACACAUAUGGAUAAUGAAUCUAUGUUUAAUAAAAUGUGUGCCUAUUUUUCUAAGAAUGGAUCUUGAGAAGAUGGUAUUUCAGAUAUAUUUAACCUAAAUAUUUGCGGAUCUAGGAUUCUGAGUUUAGGAGGUUUGAGAGGAGGAGGGAAAAAGAAGAGUCCAUUUUAGUGCAAUAAAAAUUUAAAAGCUAACACUAUUUUUUCCAAACAGUUAAAAAUCAUAACUUAUAACUACGUAUUUUUUUUACUUUUUUUUUCAAUGUCGACAAAAUUUUGGUCAAGAACGAUUUUUUGAAUUGAAGGGUGACUUAAACCUCCUAAGACUUUCCCUGGAUCCAUUAAUUAUAAUUGAAAAAAAAAGUAGUGUCUGCCACGUGGUAUGUUAUGUGUUCAUAUUAUUCUCUAGGUGUAACUUAUAUCUAAUCGUAUCUAACGAAAUUUAAAUUAAAUUUAAAUUAAAAAAAAACAUACAAUAAUUCAUAAAAA